CUCGUUGAAUCAGCUGUCUCAUGUUUAUAAGGUCAUCUUUCUUUCUCUCUAAUGACUCGCGUCGAAGUCAAGACAAUAAUCAAACAGCGCUCUCUUUCCCCCCCUCACUUUCCUUACUCCGCGCCCAUCAUCAUCAUCAUCAUCAUCAUCCCCGCUCUCUUACCAUACAAUUAAGAAGCUUUUUAACGUACUUCCUCCUGUAUACUUAUAUUUCUUCAUAAAUUAAUUCAUUGCAAGAGAUCAGGCUAUCUUGCACAUUUCCUAAAGCUAUGCCCGUUAAUUACCAGCCAGUUGUAGAUGAUGAGACCUCCAUCCCCACCAGCAGCAGCAGCAGGAUGGAUGAUGAGGACCAGCUGGUGUACACUCUGGAUGAUGCCCUCGCUUCUGCGGGCUUUGGAAAAUUCCAGUUUCUGGUGCUUGCUUAUGCCGGUCUUGGUUGGUUUGCUGAAGCCAUGGAAAUUAUGAUCCUUUCCUUUGUGGGUCCUGCUGUCAAGUCCCAGUGGAAUCUCUCCUCUACCCAGGAGAGUUUGCUCUCUACGGUUGUUUUUGCUGGCAUGCUUGUUGGAGCUUAUUCUUGGGGCCUUUUUUCUGAUUACUGUGGAAGAAGAAAGGGUUUCCUAGGAAUAACUAUUAUAACCAGUGCAGCUGGAUUUUUGAGUACUUUCUCCCCGAAUUAUGUAUCAUUGUUGAUUCUCCGUUGUUUGGUUGGGGUUGGCCUGGGUGGUGGACCUGUAUUUUCCUCCUGGUUUCUAGAGUUUGUUCCGGCUUCACAUAGAGGCACCUGGAUGGUUGUCUUCUCAACUUUCUGGACAUUCGGAACCAUUUUUGAGGCUGCACUUGCAUGGAUUGUCUUGCCUAGAUUGAAUUGGAGGUGGCUACUUGCAUUCUCCUCUUUACCAUCUAUUGCCCAGCUUUUCUUUUAUUGGAUAGUGCCAGAGUCUCCAAGGUACCUGUCCAUGAAAGGAAGAAUAACGGAGGCACAUAAUAUUCUGGAGAAGAUAGCUCAGCUGAACCAAUCGAAACUUCCUCCUGGAAUGCUUGUUUCUGAUAGUACAAUUGGACUGGAUGAAGAAUCUGCCCCGUCAAAAUAUGCACCUCUGCUCUCCUCAACUAGAAAACUGGUUUCAGAUUUUAAAUCAGGCUUCUCAUCAUUUGUUAUGCUUUUCUCAUCAAAGUUAAUUCGAACAACACUUCUUUUGUGGUUGUUAUUCUUUGGAAAUGCAUUCUCAUAUUAUGGUAUCAUAUUGCUGACUUCAGAGCUAAGUAGUGCGGAAGGAAAAUGUGCAUCAACUGUCUUGCGGUCAGAAAAUCUCCAGGAUGACAGCCUCUACAUAAAUGUAUUUAUUACUAGUUUGGCAGAGCUUCCUGGGAUUCUUUUAUCAGCCAUUAUUGUGGAUAGAUUUGGCCGCAAGCUUUCAAUGGCAUUCAUGUUUGUCUUAGCUUGUAUUUUCCUCCUACCCCUGGUUUUCCAUCAGCAUGCGACUUUGACAACAGCAUUGUUAUUUGGAGCUCGCAUGUGUGCCAUAGGAACCUUCACAGUUGCUGCAAUAUAUGCCCCAGAGGUGUAUCCAACGGCUAUUAGGGCAACUGGGGCAGGAGUUGCAAAUGCUGUAGGGAGGAUUGGUGGCAUGGUAUGCCCUCUUGUGGCAGUUGGACUAGUGGCGGGUUGCCAUCUUAAGGAAGCUAUCAUUUUGUUCGAGGUUGUGAUUGUUAUUUCAGUAGUCUGUGUCCUGCUCUUCCCAUUUGAGACCAGUGGGCGGGAAUUGAGUGACAGUUUAGCUGCAUCUGAUCCAAACAAGUAGUUGUUGGGUAUCAAAUUUAUACCCAUUCAAGCAUAGUGAAAACUAGAUGUAUUUUCUUGUAUUUGCUAUUUGAUUGUUUAGAACAGGAAGUCCAUGUAUCAGAUCACGGUUCUGCCAAAUUGGCUAUGUCUAGGAAGGGAGAACAAAUGCUAAUCCUUUAACAUAGAUAAAUAUGUAUAUGCCUAUUCCCUCGUCGCGCAAGGUUGAUUUAAGUAUGUAUAGCAGAGUACGAGGCGACAUGUAUCAUUUACUUCCUUGCCUUGCCAGUUCAAAUUCAGGAGUUGAAUUCUUUUU